GGAGCGGCUCGGCGCCGAGAUCACCGCCGCUGGGGAUGAGCGCGGCGCCGGGUGCCCAGGGCCAUGCGUGCGCCGUCGGGCCGCCUGCGUCGCCCGUGCGCUCCGUGCUGCGCCACGUGCAGCUGGAGAACCUGGCGGCCGGGCUGAGCGGCGGCGUCGUGUCCACGCUGGUGCUGCACCCGCUGGACCUGGUCAAGAUCCGCUUCGCAGUGAGUGAUGGGUUGGAGCUGCGGCCAAAAUACAAUGGGAUUCUCCACUGUAUGGCCACUGUCUGGAAGCGUGAAGGACUACGAGGCUUGUACCAAGGGGUAACUCCCAACAUGGUGGGAGCAGGGGCUUCCUGGGGACUUUAUUUUUUCUUUUACAAUGCCAUCAAAGCUUAUAAGAAGGAAGGGAAGCUGGAAAGUCUCACUGCAACCGAACACCUGGUGUCAGCUGCAGAGGCAGGAGCCAUGACUCUCUGUAUUACGAACCCAAUAUGGGUAACGAAGACGCGACUUGUAUUACAAUACGACGCUGGUGUUGAUCCGUCAAAGCGACAGUACACAGGAAUGUCUGAUGCUCUUAUAAAGAUAUACAAGACAGAGGGCAUACGUGGCUUGUAUAAGGGAUUUGUUCCUGGUCUGUUUGGAACUUCACAUGGAGCACUUCAGUUCAUGGCAUAUGAGGAUUUGAAACAGAGAUACAACAAGUACAGAAACAGAGUGUCAGAUACAAAAUUGAACACUGCAGAAUACAUAAUGAUGGCAGCUGUAUCCAAAAUAUUUGCUGUGACAGCAACGUAUCCCUAUCAAGUUGUACGGGCUCGUCUUCAAGAUCAGCAUAAUAGAUACUCUGGUGUGUUAGAUGUGAUCCGCAGGACAUGGAGGAAAGAAGGAAUUCAUGGAUUUUACAAAGGAAUUGUCCCCAAUGUGAUCAGAGUGACUCCUGCGUGCUGCAUUACUUUUGUAGUUUAUGAAAAUGUGUCAGGUUUUUUACUUGGUUUUAGAAAAGAAAAUAACUAAAGGUAAAAGUUUCUAUUCGUAAAAAAAAUGAAAAAAAAAUAUCCUUUAUUUUUUUAUAUUUAUGAUCUGGAAGAUAGUGACUUCAGCAGCCUAUUUUGACACUGUGAAUUGAUCUGGUAUUUUGAGGAAAGAAUUCCGAGAUGGCAAAAUGCUGCCUCCAUCUCUUCUGCUGAGGGUGCCCGUGUUGCUGAGUUCCUCUCCCUCUGAAUCAGCAGUGUCUGCUCAAAAACAGAUGUUUGCAACUGUGAAAUAGCAUUAUGACUGGGUGAUGGCAGCUGUGCAGCAUUUCAGCUCAUCCUGGCCUGCCUGGAAUAAUGGACUAAUCUGCUUAACAGGUCUCAAGAUAACAAUUGGUCAGACUGUACUACAGAAAACUUCAUAUAAAAGCAAUUCCGGUGUCUGAAGUGUCUGAACUUUAAGUCUUUAUCUGCAUCUCAUGAAGAAAAUAUGUAUGUAGCUGCUUACAACAGUGUCUUUGGAAUCCAUUUCUGUUAUUUGUCACAGUUUAGGUUACGGAGUGCUCCAUGUUCCAUCGGUCAUCCAACACAAAAAAUGCAGCUUCUGUGGGGUGCAAUUUGGAAACUCAGAUUGUUUUCUAAAACGGUCAGCUGUCCAAUCCUGGUUUUGAGUAAUUGCAAAUUGAAAUCCACUUCUUGUCUCAUACCAAGACAGACUCGCAGUGUGGUUUUUGGCUUGCUUUUAACACCAGACCCAAGUCUGUCGUACACAUUGUUGGCAACUUACUUCAUUUGAUUUCUCACCACCCCACCCUCCCCGGCCACGGCUCCAUUACUGGUAAUCUGACUAAAUAUUGCUUAUUUGAAAGAAGGCUUACUUUAAAAAAAUAAUAAUCCAAAUAAUUCAUUAGUGAUGCAGUUCUAAAGCAACUUUAGCAAAGACUAGUCUUUGGAAAAAAAAAUGCAUAGGUUUUCUAAAACCUUUGUGCACAGGGCUUUCUUAAAAAACAGUGACUUCUGAUUUAGUCUCAGAAGCGACAAAGAUUAUUGCUAACACAACAGUAAGCUGGAUUACAGUACAUUUCAGUAUGUUUGAAUAAUAAUGUUUAUUUUUAUGCCAAUAAUUGCUGACUAAGAUGAUAGGUGCCAUUUGGAGACUUGGGUUUAUUUGUUGUAGUUCUUCAUUAAGGAAGCAAUUUACUGAGCAUAACAUUUGCCUUGUACUGUUAGUGUGGAGGUAUGAAGGAGUAUCAGGUAUUAGCAGCUGAGGAGGAAAGAAGCUAGCAAAGAUUUUCAACGGGUGAGGGGGAAUAAUGAGUUUUAUAUGAAGCAGAGAACACUACAAUCUAGCAUAACAUCUCAGUAACCACUUAGAGAAGUUCUUGUUUAACAGAAGACUAACCAAGAGCAGAAGUAAGGCUAUUUAUUUUUAACUUUUUUUUAAUUAAAAAGAAUUGGUUUUACUUAAGUUAAAUUUGAAAGUCUCUAAACCUGCUUGGCAUUUUGAAUCUCAAUUCAGCAACCUGGUUGCUUGUUUCUGUUUAUACUAUUGCCACGCUUUGGGUGUGCUGGAUGACUUUUUUUUUAUAACCAACACCUCUUCCUCCCCAGUCCCAUCCUCUCUGCUGUUACAGCUGAUAAUACAUUGUUAUCUCAUCUGAAAAAGCAUGUGAUUGGCUUUUUAUUAUUAUUAUUAUAAAAGAGUCCAUUGACAUUUAGAUGACAAUCAAAAUUUACCAGAAAUUUACUGUGCAAAUUAACAUAGAGAGUCUUAGUCGCUACUACUUUCCUUUGCCUGGGUGAGGUUUUUACCUGCAUUUCUCUCUUUUCUAGCAUGCAGGGUCCAAAAUAUAUAGUGAAGAUACGAAAAGAAAAAAAAAGUAGAAAAGUAAUAAAAGUCAUGCACUUACUUCCCUGGAUUAGUGUGUUCCAGACCUAAACAGGACUUGAGAUCCAGGAUAAAUGUAAAGACAGGCCACUAGCACAUACACAAUAGGCUACUGUCUGCUGACUAACAUGCAGUAAAUUCACACCAUGGCUCAACUCGUAGUGUUCAGAUGCCUUGAAAACUAUCUUCCUAACCAAUGAAACAGUGACAGUUCUCCAGAGACGAAGCUUGCAGUGAGGAAAACCUGACUGCUCUCUUACCUGCAGAUGCAUUCCUCUAGCAUUUAAAGGUGCAGAUGAGCUAGCAAUUUAAGAGAUGCCUAGGGAAAGUUUUAGAACCUGUUCAGAAGAAAAGCUAGAAUUUAGUGUCAGAUAGCUAAAAUAAAUUCAUCUCUCAGAUUUAAUGCUUUUCCGUUGAGUUUCUGGACAAGGUGUAUUUCUGCAUGUUAUACAUGCUUUUUGUUUUUAUUAUUGCAUUUAUGUAAAACUGAUUUUGUAAUGUAAACAUGAUUAUAUUUUCCCUUUACAACCUGCACUUUUUUAUUAUUUGAGUACAUCACUUAUUGUGUUGGGAAGAGAAUCCUUAAAGCACUGCUGCUAGUGCUGCACUAACUCCAAAACACACCAUGGUCAGUGCUGCCACUCCUCGUUACUUCUUCUCCACUCUGGAGGCUGCAGCCAAAUAUCUGCAACAUCAUUCUUUCAUGCGAGCAGUCCACUUUAGGAAAGCCAAAGCAUUUCAGCCUGCCUUCUUCCAAACCGCUUCACAUAUCUGGCUUUAACACCAAAGUGAUUGUGUGUAUCUGACAGGGUAAAGUUCAGAGAACUAUUUGUUGAAGAAAUGAAACCUGAGUUUUGGAACUGUGAAAAUACUCAUUUUUUGCAUAGGUGAUUAAUAGAUGUUUGCACUGAAAUGUGGUCUGUCAAGUGGAGGAGGGAAGUAAAGUUUGGAUAGUCUGGUUUUACUUAGUUAUUCAGAACAUAUCUAACACUUACCAAUCAUCAUCGAGGUGCCAGUUAAGUCACAAGAGGUUGCUGGGAGACAUAAGACUUUAACAGCAGAGUGUCCAAUUCCACAUUCUUUCACAGGAGCAGAUGUUACGGGUAUACAUUUCAAAACCUAACACCAAGAUCUGUAGUUAGGUACAACUCAGAAGUCCUCUAAAACAAGUGUGUACUGUGGUGCCAUGUCAAAUACUUUAAAGUCUGCUGACCAAUAAAAUACCUUGGACGUUA